AUUCCCCUUUAAAAAAAAAAGGCACGCCAUGCUGCCAUCACAUGCUUCAGCAUAAACAAAGUAGGAUGUUGGCGGACUGCUUGUUGUUAUGCAAAGCUCAUUUGCUCCUCAUAUUUUAAAAGAAGCCUGGGAAGAUCCUGUUUUUUUUUUUUUUUUUUUUCCUGAGGAUUUGUCGGAGGGGGGCUCAGCCCACCCAGUCUGGCAGCCAGUCGUGUUGCGCCGCCGCUGCGCUCUGCUGCUUGUUGUUCAGUAGCUGGUGCGCAAACUGAAAGCUUGGCGUUAAUGCGCGGAUUUAAAGCGACCUUCUGCGAAACCAUAAAGGUUAUGUUGGAGGAGUGGACGGGAUAGCGUUACAGAGGAGAGACCACCACCAGCAGGAGCAGCAAGAGGAGCAGGAGGAGCAGGGAGCUCUGAUCGGGGGGAAGGAGCGGAGAACUCACUCACUGGCUCCUUUCAGCUGAGGCUGUCUGGAGUGGAGAGCUCGCUGAUAUCGCAGCUAAUUCUCUCCAUCGUGGAUUUCCCAGUCGGAUGAGGAUUACCUUUUGGUUUGAAUAGUUUUUUUCUUCAUACACUCGAGAAGGAAGGAGAGGCUGUGGAGCCACACACACCAACCUGACGGCACUUUGGAAAAAGAUGUGAUGACUCACGCAAGGCAGUCAGCUUCCCUCAGGCAGAACCAGACCAGUUCUGACUGGUGGGAUACCAGCCAUACCUGGCCUCAUGGUGGCACCACGGGCACUGACAGCCCUGAGCGUACAUUACGUUUCGGCAGGACAAAGAAGAUAAGUGGGAUCAUAAGAAAAAAGGAAGGCAAAGAGCCCAACACAAUGAAGGAGAAAAAAGAAAGAAGAAGGUCAGACGAGAGCCGGAAGCUUGACCAAAGACGAGAGAAGAAACGGGUCAGAAAGUUGUACCCUCUGCGAGGUCGAGCUGGGAAUUCUGAGGAAGAACGCAAGUGCCAUGUUCUCCUUACUCGCCUAGAAGAAGGCUCGCGUGAAAAGGUUCGGGCUAAAGGUAAAGAAAGAAGAGACAGGCCCAAAACUAAAUCCAAAAUGGUUAAAACCAGAGAUGGAUUAAAAACAAAGUCCUUACCAAAAAACAAACUGAAAUCAAAACAUCUUGCUGAUCAUUCAGAACUGACAGACUUACAACCACGCAAACGUAGACUGGCGUCUCUCAACGCUGAGGCAGUGAACAGUUUACUACUUGAAAGAGCCACUGAUGCUCAACCAGCUGCCAAACUGGCCAGGAGGCAGGAGGAAGCUCUGGAUGGAGCAGUUCCUUUGGAUCCACCUAGAAGUCUCCCUGGAAGUCUUAAAGUAUCAAGAGGGAACAUUAAUAAAGUAUCUAUACCCAACAAGGUUGAGCUUUGUCAAAGUGCUAAGCUGAGCAAGAAGGCUAAAGCCAGUCGGGGUGAUGAAGCUGUUUGGAUGAGCCAGGAGUGUUUAGAUGCACCUGCACCAAGACGGCUAGCUGGACUUAAUGCUGCAGCCCUGCUGAAGCUAACAAGCUCGUCUGCUACCAGUAAACAGAGAGUAAAGGCCACUCCCACUGCAACGGUCACAUCCGACUCUAUGGCUCCUGCUGCGGACUCGACACCAAAGCAGCACCAUGGAGAUAAACUCCAAAACAAGCGCCAGUUGCAAAAGCAGAAAGGUAAAAAGCGCUCUCCCCUGCACGGCGGCUGCACAGCCUGCAAGAAGAAAGCGGACUUUGAGCCCAAGGUGGAGUGGGAGACGGGCAGCUGCACCCACCGCCUGACCAAACCAGGUUAUCAGUCUCGUAGCAUGCUUGGAUACCCUCUAAAGCAGGUGAAGGAAGAACAGCUGGAGACAGAACUGAGCCCAUACUACUGCUGUCCCCCAGAGGGGUCUGUGGAGUACUGCCACCGUCUGGCCUGCUUCCUUGGCCAGCAGCCCUACGCAGACUCUGAUGACCAGUCUAUAAAGUCAGCCAUGACCCCCGUGAAGCCAGAGUGCCUAGUAACCUCCCCAUCUCUCACACAUUCCCACCCCCACAGAGCACUCGCCCUCACCCCCCACCCAUGCCUCUGCACUGCUGACCACUGCUUCCCCGGCUACUACGUCCACAUCACCCACCCAACGCACACUGGACAGACUUCAGCUGCCCUAGCCACACGGCCCCUCAACUUCAGCUCCACCGGUUUGUGCCCCAGCCAUAUUACUGGAUCCAAGCUCCUGGGAGGUCAGGUGUCGCACCCAUCGGGCUUAGGCCACCCUGCCUACUGCAACUCUGUGGCUUCCCCCUGUUAUGGCGAUGCCUGCGGGAUCAGCGGCUACAGCUACAGAUCACUGCCUCCGGUGACGGGUAGAAGUUGUUCUUUCAGUGCAGGCUGUACUGGAUGCACACACAGCAUUAAAACAGAGGCUUACACGACCCUACAGGGUGACCACAGCCCCUCAUUACUGGUUCCCCCUACUCUACCGAUCUCCAAAUGUCCACUAUCCAGUGUGCCCAGUUCAACACAGAAUAAAGCCCACCUGUUGACCCCCCUGUCUGGCCGAGAUCAGCCCCAGGCCAGGAUAAUGCUAGCUAAGGAAUGCCCUCAGAGCACAAAGGCCUCCAAUGGCUCCUCCGUGGGCCACACCCACCUCCUUACGAAACAGGCCACCCCAGUGCCGAGCCUUGGCAGCAGUAAACAGAAGAAGAUCAGCCGUAGACGUGCCACAAAUGGCUGGCGGCCCGUUGGCAUCCCCACUGAGAGGGAGGUCUUUAUUGCGGGGGAAGAUGAGGCUGCAAUGAGGAUGUGUUAUGAAGGAGUGGAAAGGGACGGUGAAGUGAUUCGUGUCAGAGACACUGUCCUACUACGAUCUGGUCCCAGGAAGAAGUCCCUCCCAUAUGUUGCUAAGAUAUCUGCGUUGUGGGAAGACCCUAAAACAGGAGAGCUGAUGAUGAGCCUUUUUUGGUACUACAGGCCUGAGCACACCCAGGGAGGCCGGGAUCCCAGAGCACACUGUGAGAAUGAGAUUUUCGCCUCUCGGCAUCAAGAUGAAAAUAGUGUGGCCUGCAUAGAAGACAGAUGCUAUGUUCUCCCUCUGGCCCAGUACUGUCGAUUUUGUGCCUUGGUGAAGCGGCGUGCUGAAGGUGCCCCACCUGGCAGGGCCAGCAUGGUGCCCUUCCGCCCUGACUUCGCCCCUCCCUCCCACCGCUGCGUGCCCACAGACGUCGACCCCGAGCUGGUGUACCUCUGCCGGCACGUCUACGACUUCAGAUACGGACGCAUCUUAAAGAACCUGCAGUAGAGCACCUUGGAAUCAGUCGUCCCAAUUCUGCGCCUCCUGCACAGAGGGAGGCAGCUGAAGGACUUUGCAAUCAAU